GACCAGACGAAAGACAAAGACGAUGAAGACGAGGAUGAAGAAGAGGGCGAGAAGAAGAAGGAGGGGGAGGAGGAAGAUGAGAAGAGCGAGGCCUCCGAAAGCGAGGAGGAGAAGGACAGCGAGAAAGACAGUGAGAAGGAAAGCGGACAGGAUGAUCUCACUGGCGACGAGAAGGACGGCGCAGCUAAAAAAGAAGGAGAGGGUGGCGAGGCGCCGAAGGAUAAGCCAAAAGAAGAGGCCGUGGAAGUCCCGGAGGUCGACCUCGGCACCAUGGAUCAGUGUGACAUGAUCCGCAGCUGGGUUCGAAAGUCACUCAAAGCCUGGGAGAAGGAGCUGGCAGACCUCCCUGAUGAGGAAAAGAAGAAGCCCUCCACCAAGACGGCAGUCGCGGCACAUCGCCAAGUACGCCGAGAUGUGCGACCUCUCCAAAAGCGCUUGCGAAUGUAUCGCAUGGAGGACUGGAACGGG